AUGAACAUUAAAAUAGUCAUUGCCGCAGCUCUAGGAGGUCUCCUAGGACCUCGCUCUCGUGCUGAUCGCUCCCUCAUCAACCCGGCAAUUGGGGAGAACAGAGUGGUGCUUUACAGUGGGAGCUUGCCGCCUGAGGCAGCCGAUAAGGACCUGGUUACUUUGCGGUUUGGCGGGGAGUCUGAUGCCGCUGGUGGUCUGUUUGUAUGCACAUGGGGCAAGCAGUCGGAUGACGAUGGUAACGCUCUGCAGCGAAGUGCCGAAGCUCGGCUCUCGGCAGCAUACAGCCAUCAACCGCUGGGUUGGUGCACUGCGAUGCCUGGUGGUGGGGAGUUCUGUCCUGGCCAGUCGGUGACUGUAGACUUCCUCAGAGCGGAACCUGUUGGGAAAGUUGACCUACUAAGGGACGGGAGCGUCCAGAGGGAAUACAAUACCCCUGGGAUGAACGUCAAAGAGCUUUGCCGAUGUGAUCGGAAUGUGACUUCUAUCGCUAAGGAGAACUUUGACGUAGAAAGUCUAUGUGUGCCUGGUCGGAGGGAACAACUCGGCGAUGGUACGCUUCUCACAAUUGUGGAAACCAACCCCGAGAAGGACCGAUAUGAAGUCGCCGAGGAAACAGAGGAUGGCGAGAAGAGACGACAUACUCUGAGCUACAGGGAGCUCAGCAGCAUACUCGGAGUUCAAUGCUCUGGGAAUGGCGUCCCAGGGCAGUACUUUAGACUAGCCGACGUUGCAUUGAGGGAAGGGACCACUGAGGUCACGACCGAGUCCGUCGCCUGUUGUCCGACCUCAGAGCUUGGUCCGCCUGAUGAGGCUCUGAUGACCCUCUUGGCCCCCCUUGCUGGGACAUGCCUGCACUACGCCUCGGGUGAGCAGGUAUGGGAGUACUGUCACCCUCUGAGUCUACGGAUCAUGCUUGGUCUUACUCCUGACACGGCACGGGCGGUGGACUUGCUGGGUUCUGUUGAUGGCAUCGAGUACAGCCCUGAUAAUCGGGAGGUUGUAGUGGAGGGAGUUGGUGAGGCUCUCAGCGCGAUACAGAUGGACAUGUUGGUGAGGUUACCGGGCAGUAGGCAGCCCUUGAAGGGGGUGGGAGGCAUCUUCAACCCUCCUUGGUUUUUUAACAUCUCUGCGGCACCCGUUGCCGUUCCUGAUGAAUCGGACAGCGGCUGUAAGCCUUUCGAGGCCCCUGUGGCUGCUAGGAUCGCUGAGAAAAGGGGCAUUCCAUGGAUAGCAGUUGCCCGACGGGGGGUUUGCUUUUUCCAGAACAAGACAGUGAACGCUGAGGCUGCUGGGGCCUCUGGCAUCAUCGUUGUGAAUUCCAAGUCGUCCAUGAUGGUUAGAUGGAUGGACGGCAUGCCCGACGCUGAGAUGCCUUUGAUACCGACAGCUCUAGUGGGGUACGAAGGCGAACUGCUGAUGACCAUGAACGACCCGACUACCAACGAUUUCUCUGUCAAUGACCCGGAACAGAUUGUCCUCACUAAAGUGGGCUCAGCCGAGGAGAAGAUACGAACCCGUGUCUCCUUUGUGUGUGACGACGACUUUCGCAGUGUAGAUGUGAAGGCGACUUCAACGUGUCGGCCUGGGGAUGGGGUGACGCUGAAUAGGCCGGCAGAGGCACCUAGGCCGGCUAUUGUGAAGGAAGUUAUGGGAGGAGGUAUGCUGAAGGUUGACACUAUUGAGGACGAUGGAGUGACGCCAAGGAGAGGUCGCCUUAUACACAGUGGAUAUGCCUACAAGUCCCCUGGUCGGCCCUGCGUGGCUGUCGGUGGCAAUGCUAUUAUCGAUGCUAAAGUGGGCGAACAGGGUGUUGCCGAUGUGCGGAUACACUCCGAGUUGCUAUGCAGUCACCCUGCAAUGCUGAAGCCUUGGCGCAUGGAGUAUGCGUGGAAGUGCUAUGCUCAUGGCCCCACUGUGGCCUCUCCUAUAAGGGUUCCGAAGGGCCAAUCUGAAGUCGACUGAUAUUUGGUCUACUGCAUCGUUACUGUAUUACUACUAGUGUA